AUGUCCAGUCAAACAUCGAAAGAAGUUGUUAUUGAACCGGGACAAGAACUUCGUGGCGAUGUAGAUGAAAAUUUAACCAUAGAACUUCGUUCUGGAAAAGCUGAAAUAUUUGGCACUGAAUUGGCUGUUGGUCAAAAAUAUAAAUUUUCAGCUGGAAUGAAAUUUGCUAUUUUUACUUGGUGGGGUUGUACUAUUACAUCGACACAUGAUGACUACUACGUAGCAAAAGAUGAAAAUCCGAUGCAUAUAUAUUUAAAUGUUCAUGGUAUGCUGGAACAGUUACGCCAGAAAGCUGAAACAGAUAAAACAAGGGGACCGAGGGUGAUGGUUACCGGUUUGCCUGACGUUGGAAAAAGUACAUUAUGUCGAAUGUUAGUCAAUUGGGCUGCUCGCCUAGGAAGAACGCCUAUAUUAGUCGAUCUUGAUGUUGGACAAAAUCAAAUUUCUAUAUCCGGAACAAUAUCUGCAAUGGUUGUUCGUCGUCCAUCAUCAAUUGAAGACGGUUUUCGGAUUGAAAUGCCAUUAGUAUUUCAUUACGGUUAUAAAACACCAUCAGAAAAUAUUGGAUUAUAUAAUGAAACAAUUUCAUCGUUAGCAACGUAUGUUAAUAUUCGCUCGGAAAACGUUGAAAAAUCUUUAAUUAGUGGAGUUGUUAUUAAUACAUGUGGUUAUAUAAGAACUGAAGGCUACGAAUCAUUCAAACAUGUUGCCAAAGCGUUUGAUGUUGAUUUAAUAAUCGUUUUGGAUAGUGAAUGGCUAGCAACAAAAUUAAUGAAUGAUUUAUCAUCUGUCAAAGUGAUUACAUUGCCCAAAUCUGGUGGAGUGGUGGCCAAAGAUAGUGCUAAAGAAAAAUUUCGUGAAUCAAAAAUUCGAGAAUAUUUUUAUGGUCCAAAAAAUAACAUUUGUCCACAUUCAUUUACGAUUGAAUUUAGCGAAGCAAAAAUAUUUAAAAUAGGAGCUCCUCAGUGUCCCGAUAGUUGUCUACCGGUAGGAAUGGUAUUAAAAAAUCCAUACAAUAAGAUACUACCAAUAGCGCCAAGUGCAGGUUUACUACAUCAUGUUUUAUCAGUUAGUCAUUCAGCCUUUCCUGAACAUUUAUUAGCCAAAAAUUUAGUGGGUUUCGUUGUAGUGACGAAUGUUGAUGUAGAAAAACGAACAAUAACGUUGUUAUCUCCACAGCCAAAUAUAAAAAAUAAAUUACUAAUUGUCAGUGAUAUACAAUUUAUCGAUAUGAAAUAA